AUACCAAAACUCACAUUAAUACUUACUUGUUGAAUUUCGUAGAAGGGAAGGUUCCACAGGACGGUGACAGCUGGGAAAAGGACACGUCACUGGUGCAAAGCGCUGACCUGCCUGUAACCCUAUAAACGCUCAGAUGAUUAUUAAUGGACGCGUGGUGGUCGACGUGGUGGUGGUGCUAACUAGUGGUGGUGGACCGGUGGCGGUGGUUAUGGUUGGGGUGCGAUUCCAUUUUCCACUCUCUCUGCACACCAAAAUGCCUUCCCUCGCCCUCUUCUUCUUCCCUUCCUCGCUAUGAGAAUGAUCUCCCGAGCCGCCUCCUUCGCCAUGGCCUCUUUCCCUUGUUCUAGGGUAAAGAGUGGGCUGUGUGUGUGGCCAGGCAUGAGACAAUUAUGUCUUAGAAAAACCCUUUUAUACGGAUUCAUGCACAUUUUGUCCGUGCCGUUCAAAACCUUGCGUGGAGCUAGUCGAUCACUCAAAGUCGCUCAAUUUUGCAGUGUUUCCAGUAUGCCUUCAAUGUUGCAAAUUGAAUUGGUACCAUGUCUGAGAGACAACUAUGCAUAUCUUUUACAUGACGUUAAUACAGGUACAGUUGGAGUUGUUGAUCCCUCUGAAGCUGUUCCAGUUAUAGAUGCUUUGAGUAAAAAAAACAGAAAUCUAACCUAUAUACUGAAUACUCAUCAUCAUUAUGAUCACACUGGUGGGAACGUGGAGUUAAAAGCGAGGUAUGGAGCGAAGGUAAUUGGUGCUGGAACAGACAGGGAGAGAAUCCCUGGGAUUGACAUAGCGUUGAAUGAUGGUGACAAGUGGAUGUUUGCAGGCCAUGAAGUAGUUGUAAUGGAAACUCCUGGUCAUACCCGAGGUCAUAUUUGCUUCUACUUCCCUGGAUCAGGGGCAAUUUUCACUGGAGACACUUUGUUUAGCUUGUCAUGUGGCAAGCUUUUUGAAGGAACGCCUGAGCAGAUGCUUUCUUCCCUGAGGAAGAUCAUGUCUCUGCCGGAGGGCACUGAUGUAUACUGUGGUCAUGAAUACACAUUAAGUAACUCAGAGUUUGCACUGUCUAUAGAACCCAAAAAUGAAGCACUCCAGUCUUAUGCUGCCAAUGUGGCCCAUAAUCGCGGGAAAGGCUUACCAACGAUUCCGACUACCCUAAAGAUGGAGAAGGCAUGUAAUCCGUUUCUUCGCACUUCAAGCCCAGAAAUCCGAAAGUCACUAAACAUUCCAGCCACCGCAAAUGAUGCAGAAGCCCUGGGUGUCAUCCGCCAGGCUAAGGACAAUUUUUGAGAUUUAGCCUGUUACUGUUUUGAGUGUGUAUGCAAGGGAAGCCACCAUGUGAAGUGCUGCGCACCAAUAUUUUUAUCAAAACAGUACUUUAAAGAUUUUCUGUGUGUUUUUAGAGCAAACUUGAUGUAUGUUUUUUAGAUUUACACUUGGGAUCUUGGAAAACUUCCAGCACUUGAACCAAUUAAAAUUGGGAUACAAAUUUUAAAA